UCGUGGUUUCAUGUACAAUUUCUUUCGAUUCCACUCCACCAAAGAAAAGUUAUUACAUGAGCGAAAUCAAAAGUUUUGGAGAAAAUGAGACGAUAGAAAGACACAUUAUUCAACCGCCAAUUCCUAAAGCGUUAAAAAAGUAUUGGAACAACCGAUACAAUUUGUUUUCACGAUUCGAUGAAGGAAUUUGGUUGGACUACCAAUCCUGGUAUAGUGUUACGCCAGAACGAGUUGCGUAUAACAUUGCUCAAUCUAUAUAUGAAUCUCAUCAACCUGAAUUGAUUAUUGAUGCUUUUUCUGGUUGUGGAGGAAAUACAAUCCAGUUCGCCAAGUUCUGUCCAGUUAUUUCAAUUGAGCUUGACCCAAUAAAAAUUGCUAUGGCCAAGCACAAUUUAAGUGUAUAUGAAAUCCCUGCGUCUAGAGUCACAUUCAUACAAGGAGAUGUAUUAGAAGUAUUAAGGUCCAUUGACUUUGCUUCUCAAUUUAGAACAAUAAUUUUCAUGAGUCCACCAUGGGGAGGUCCUAGUUAUUCAGGCAAAUCUACAUAUUCUUUAAAUGACUUAAUUCCUUACACAUUUGACAUUUUGUAUAAAGAGGCUGUUCGUAUUACACCCUACAUUGCCGCUUUUCUUCCCAAGAACACUGAUAUUGAUGAAUUGGCUCAAUAUAGCACCGAUAAAAAUCGCAUUGUGAUUACAAAUUUCCUUUAUCAAGGCUAUUCUAAGGCUAUCUGUUGCUACUUCAGCAUGAAAAGUGUCUUGACUUCUAAUGCUCUUCAACAAGUCUAAAUCUAGAAGCUACACCAUACUAUAUGAGCUUACACAAAACCAUCAAUUGUCCGUUCCUGAUUCGGUAUCAUCCCAAAAAUUAAUUCAUUAACUAAAAAUAGCGAUUAAGUUUUAACAUGUCAUAGGACACUUUUCGUAAAUGCAAAUAAUAAAAAUUACCUCGACAUUAGUUUCUAUCAAGCAUGGUAGCCAAUCCACCUUCAGGUCUUCCAAACAGUGGACAUAUCUUGUUGGUCUUCAUAUGACCGACUUGACCGCAGUUGCUGCAUUUACGAGUAGUAGGCUUUUUGCCUUCUCCAUUAAUGGUGAUACCUUCCUUAGCAGCAUGACGAGCUCUUCUACGUUCCCAAUUCUUUUGACUUUUUGCGAGUUCUUGUUCCAAUCUUUUACGAUUGCGUCUAUCAAUCGCUUCGUCUCCUGUAGGAACAACGGCAUCUAAAGCAGUAGAUUGUUCAUCAAUUUCUCUCCGCUUUUUCAAGUAUGCAUGGAUAACAAUAGGAUCGUGAACAACCUCUUGUUUUCGAUCCCAAUUUCCAUUGCGAUCCUGGUAUACUCGAACUAUUCGAAGAACCUUAUCUGUUGAAGGAGUUGCUUCCCUUGGAGUUUCCUCCGUUUCAAGAUAAUCUUCAUAUUUGUUUCUUAUUUUAUACUUCCUUGCCAAUUCAUCAGUGCUUGAAAUAGCAAGGCCACGCUUUUGAGCGUUCCAAAUCCUGUUGAUUUCUUCUUCGUAGGCCUGCUGUUGCUUGGCAACAUUGUAGGCGUGCGCGUUCUUCGUCUGUGGCUCAGGUCUAUCAUCCGAUUCACCAGCAGGUUUGAAACCACCUUUCAUACUAGUACGGAUAAAGCUGUAGCCUUCGCCAAUGCCAGUCGGAUCUCCCUCACCGAAAAGGGUAAGCAUGGCUUUUCCUUGUGUAGCAUUAAUGAAAUUUCUAGUCGUUAUCCAUGGUGCUAAUAGUUGCUCUGCAGGCUGUUCUUCUUCAUCGUCAUCAUUUAUCUCGUCAAUUGUUUUACCAUAUCCAGCAUCCUCUAAUUGCUGAACACCAACUUGCAUGCUCUCUAAAAGACAUACAGUUUCAGGCGAAACCAUUGACCUCGUACCAGCCUCAUCAGGAACAACCUCAUUCGAUUUCAACUUCCAAUAACCAGGUCCAUCUCCCUUCUUCUUAUAUUCCAUGAACUCUUUAAGUCUUUGACGAAUUUGCAUCUCAUUCUGAUCCGAAAAAUGCUGCGAGAGCUGUCUAAUAAAAAGACCCCCGGUUGGCGAUCGCCUGAUUAAUCUAAACACAAGCAUUUUCAAACGGUUCUUGCUUGCAGUAGUCACUUUUCGAGAAUGUGGACCAGGAACAUCAGUAACAGGAAAAGUUUGUCCACUCACGAAGAUAUGAUUUAUGUUUUUCAAAUAGUACUUCGAGCCAUAACUGCUAGAAUUUCGAAUUAAAAUGAAAUCGGUUGGAGGAAGUUCAUGCUUGAACAAAGGAGCACGAAUCAUCUUAUUAUAUAGUGUAGGGGUUAUUUCUCCUGGUUCUACAGAACCAAAAUUCCAAAAAGGACUUCUGUCCUGAACGUCUAGAACAUGACUUUCACCAACUUCUAACUUGGGCCGCGAUUCGUCCUGUUCGUUCUUUUUUCGAUAAUAAUUCACAAUCCUACUAGCCAUUCCAACAUUCGAAAGGACAGGAGGAUGUUCUUCAGAGAAUUCUACCAAAAUAGCAUGCGUGGUAUCACCCAUAGUCAUGUCUUUCGUAUUUGGAAUAAGACCUCUUUCCGAUUUAUGUUUAUCCUUGCUUUUCUUGCGGACAUUCAAAGGAGAGAAUACAAUAGCAGCAUUUGGCUUAAAAGACAUAGUUGGCCUAUGAAAGCUUCGCACAGCUCUUUUACUUAGCCUAGUCUUAUAGUAUGGGAAUGUCAGCUUCUCAGCGAACGCGGCAUGCUCAAUAGCAAGCUGAGACAAGGUAUUUCUAACCUUAGAUUGAUGAUUUUGCUUGAGCAUUUCAUAAGCGCUAUCGUUAGAUAAGUUGUAUUUCCAAGAAAAGGAAUUGCGUAAAUGUAAGUCGUGAUAUGAGCGAUGCUGUUCAUCCCGCUUUUGAGGCUGCAAAAGUAACUUGGGAUCAUUCAAGUUAAGAACUACCUUCGACCCUCCUGUUUCACCUUCGAAAAUAUUAUCAUCGAUGUUCAAAUCGAAAUCAGCCAAUGAUUUAUCUAUGGAAAAGGAAGGGCGAUCUAAGUUUGAUAAAUCCUUCUCAUCGUAAAUAAUACCUUUCUCCCAAUCAUUGGUCGUAAAUAUGGUGUUCAAAUCAAGUCCAUCGUUUCUCUUUCUGUUAGCAGCUCUUUCCAUGAAUGUCAAGACAUACCUGAGUAAGUCCACCAGUUUUUCGCCUUUUCGUGGAUUGAGUUGAUAUAACAGGAACGAUAUCACGUUUUAUGGGAACAGGCUUCUUAGAAUUAAAAAUGGCAGAAUAAUCCGGUUCAAUUUCAAGAGUUAAUCUGGACGGUACACAAACUUAAACAUUAGCUUCUUUGGAAAAAAAAUGAACAUACCUUUCGGAGUUUUCUUUUUAGGAGGGGCCAACUUCACAUGCUUAGGGCGGAAUAAUUCAGAAAAGUUUAACAGUACUCCACGUUGAAAGGAAGGGAAAUAAGUUUUGACAAUGUUCUCACGGAUCUGAUCUUCAUUUUGUGUUUCAGCUGCAGUAGGAAUAGCAGGAGCGGAAGGCGUUUCAUUCAUAUCUACCAGACCUGCUGGUACAGAAAAACCAACACCACUGAGAACUUGACCCGCGGCUGCUUCACCCAUUUCCUUAGCUAAUAAACUCCUAAAAUCUUCAUCUUCGUCUUUGCCGGUAUAGUUUACGGCUUGUUCUUCCUCAGGCAAAUUGUCAUCUGAGACAUCAUCUUCUAAAUCAUCACCAUCGUCGAUAGCUUUGCCAAAACCGAAAUCAUCUUCAUAGCUUAAACCAUCUUGACCAUUGUCAUUUUUUAACUCGGUUGGUUCGGACUCUUUAAUCGGUUCAGACUCUAGGUUUUUCGUCUGUUCCUCUAAAUCCAUUGGAAUCAUAUCUCCUAAAAAAGAAUCUAGCAUUCCCAUCCCAGAAUCAUUCUGUUUCAGCGAAAAAUCCUACUAUUGUAAGCAUACUUCGUAGUUGAUAUAAAACAACUUACAUUUUCGGAAUCUAGUAAUGAAUCUUUCGACCCAAUUUCACCUUCUAAGCCAUUAAAGGACAUACUAAUUCAAUUUCUGAAUUUUAAAUAGCCUUUAACAAGGAGGAUACACUAAAAUACAA